AUGUCGUCCACUACUUCUUCUACCAACUCUACGCCCGCCAAGGGCUCGGCGGGCGCUUCGCCCAACAUCACGCCCAUGCAUGACCCGGCGCACCAGGCGAAGGUUAUCCCGCAGACGAAGCCUUUGGGGCUUGCGAACCCAAAUCCCAUUGUGCCCGGGCAGAAUGUCGACCCGUCCAUGGCUGCCGGACUCGGUCAGAAGGCAUUACUCGCCAAGCGGUUCGCCAAAGCCAGUAGCAAGAGCACCGUCAGCCCUACCGACCAGAUGCAGUCCCCUUGCACUCAGAAGCUCUCUGGCGCGAAGCAACGCCACUUUGUCAAAUCGAGCAAGCCUGCAUCGCUCGCUGCGUCCUUUACAGCCAUGCGUGAUAGUCCUGCCGCACCAAAGUCCGGCCCACGGACAGACAUUUGCCCUUCUGCUUCGACCGCAUAA